CUGGCGACGGUUCGCGGAUGUUCGGCGCUGCCGAAAGUGGUUCUUGUGAGGCCGCGAAAGCGGAGAUGCUUCAUCUGCUUUCGAGGAAACGGCGCCCGACCAGCCGCCUCAGUCAGUCCGAAACGUGUCGCUGGUUCGUGAGUUGUCCUCGGUCGCUGUGGUGCUGCUGUGCUUCUCGACGCGGAGUUGGAAAUUUGGUACCGUCGCCAGUGCUUUUGUUGAGGAGAUACUCGCACUUGUGUUGCAUUUUCGCACGUUCCAGUGGAUCUGAAAGCACGCAUUUCGUCACCCGUCCGUCUGUGAGUUCCUAUCUGUCGACCGCCGUUGGUAAUUUGCUGAUUUACGCCUCUGGCCCGCACGUUCGUCAGCGCAAAGUAAUAAUAGUUGCCGUUCCUUGGUUCGUGGGGCGAAGAUGAGAUAACCGCUGCGCCGAGGUGGUGACCGCAUUGAUUCGAGUGUGGUUCGCAGCGAAAAUACUCCGCACGCAGUGACAAAUAUGCGCGCAUCCUUGGUAGGUUGCCGUCGACAUCCUUGAUUGGACCGGAGCCGUGAGUCUCGUCGCGAUUUGGCGGUUGGAACUGCUCCUUGCGAGCUGUUGGAUUCGCGAGUUGUGUUACGGUCCCGUGUUCGGUGCGUGCGCCAGCAGUCGCAAGUGCCCUGUUUAUUGUUGCCGACAUUAUUUUUGUUUUGAACGUUGAUUUACGCAUUUCGCACGACCCCUCUGCUCCCGCUUCUGGCAUUUCGUUUGCAGUGGCCCGACGUGGUGUUGUCUCUUGACCGGCUCUCGUGAUGGUGUCCUUCAUGGCUAAGUGCGGUGCUAGAUUCGACGGAGGGGGCCCGGCCCGCGCGGGUUCUUUCCGACUAGUGGCUCUGGCGGUUACAGCCCUGGUGCUGGUUGCUUCCUAUGAAAAGUGUUUGGUUAGUGCGAAGAGUGUCGAAGGUACUACUUUGGGACCUCGGUCACACCUCGCGACGGAUGCGAAAUCCAAGGAUACAGCUGAAACCUGCGAAACAGUUCGAGGCUACUUUGACAGCAUGAGCGUCACUUUCGAACCGGAUAAUGCACAAAAAGGAUCCGUAUGUGGUGGUCAAUGCUGCUCGAACAAAACCGAAACAGAGCUUCUCAAAUUAGCGACGAGAGAAUUCGAGGCCAUGUUACAUCAUCAUACCAGAAGUGUACGAGGCGUUUUGCAUACAACCUCAGAAACAUUUCAAGAACAUAUAAUCAACUUGCUAGAUCAGUCAGAGGAGAAAACGCUGAAUGUUUUCUCGCAGGUCUACCGGAGGAUGCUGCCACUAUCCAAGGAAUUAAUUGGCAAUCUGUACACACAUAUAAGAAGCUAUUUUACAGCAGCGAGCGAUUCGGAACCAGAUCAACAUCUUCAGGUUUUUUUCUAUAACUUGUUUCCGAUUGCUUACCACCGAGCGGUCCACCUGAACAAUGGAGAUUUGCCAGAAUUCUAUAUAGAAUGUUUAAAAAAGUCAUUUGACGAUCUGAAACCUUUCGGUGACAUUCCCAAAGAACUUAGCAAAAGCCUGACACAAAGUUUGGACGCUGGUCGCCUUUUCAUCGAUGUAUUGCAGAAAGCCGGUGAAGUUUUGGAUGAGGCUGAUAAACUCGACUCUUUAACAUUGAUACCAGCUUGCCGAACUCAUUUACUCAAGAUGACAUAUUGUAAACAGUGUCAUGGACACGCUCCCUCCUCAGUCAAAGCAUGCCAUGGAUACUGUAAAAAUGUGAUACGUGGGUGUUUAGCACAAUUCCUUGGAGUACUGGAUGGCCCUUGGUCGAACGUGGCGGAAGCAAUUGAAGCUUUCGUUUCGUCGUCAAUCUUUUCGGAAAAUGGAGUUAUAAGUGUAAUAAAAGGAUUAGAUACGAAAUUGUCCGAGGCGAUCAUGCGUGCUAUGCAGAAUGGACCCGAUUUAGAGAAAAAGAUAAAAAAAGCAUGUGGGACCCCUGAGCUUUUGCCAGCGAAAAAUGAAUCCAGUGGAGAACCGAGAUCAACCCAAACGUCUCCUGCCAAAUGGUCGACACCGCCAGAUCCACAAUUCAUCAACUUCCUGUCAACAAUUGAAAAGUCGAGAUAUUUUUACUCAAAAACUGGUGACAAUUUAUGUGAAGAAGGCGAAUAUCAACGUAGUGAACAACACUGCUGGACAGGCGAUAGUAUUGGCGACUACACCAAUGAAGUACUGCCAAUUGGAAUGGAUAGCCAACGGUAUAACCCCGAAAUACCAUUAACCACACAACCUGCAUAUUCCGAAGCAGCAAGAGUUAACACCUUAGUAGAUAGAUUAAUUAAAUUGAGGUCCAUGAUCGUAAACACGUUGCCAUCUAACUCACGAUCAUAUUCUGAUAUACAAAGUGACAUGGCGCGUCACGACGAAGAAGGAUCUGGUGCGCGUGUCGACGAAUUUGACGACGACGAUACAGCUGGAUCGGGGUCGGGUUCAGGCGAACUCACCCCACCUCCGUUUGAUGGAGCCGUCAGUCCCACAAGUCCCUCGAGUAGGAGCGAAACUACUGGCUCGUCACCCUCGUUAACAUCGUUCAUUAGUGUCUUACAAAUUCUAGUCGUUUAUGCAAUUGUAUCGUUUUUGUCGCACUGAGAAGACGCCCCGUUGUGGUUGCGUUCGCUCAAUCUUCAAAUGUAAAUCCGCUAGUGAAGCUUGAGACAGUUCGCAAUCAACAGAUUAGCUCCAGUGUUGAUUUGAUUCGAAGAAGGAAACUCUCAAUAAUUGUUCUAUGUUUGUAAGAAGCAUGCCGAGCACAAAAGAAACAAUCUGUUAAAAUUCGCUAAAACUCAAUAGAAAUUCAACUUUUAGCUUCUACUUAUUGCCAGGCUUCCAGUGGCCGAGAAGGGGGAACCGCGGGCACGAGUGUGUCUGCAUAAUAGUGGUAAGAACCGCAGUGGUCGUGAUAUCUAUUAUACUUGCUGGAAAUUUGCCGGUGCCGCGAACGCCUGGGAUGGCAAUUCAAGAAACUAUUUCUUUUUAGGAAAACCAAUGAAAAUUUAUUAAUUUAUGUUAAAAGUAAAAGAAAGAAUAUUGAAUAUUGUAUAUUGUAAAUAUGUUCUCCUUAUUAUUUUAUUUUUAUAAUAAAAUAUUAUAUAAUAUUAUAUAUUAACAUUACCUUAUAGAGCGUUAGGUUUAUAGAAAACUAAGAAUAAAUAUGAGAGUAAGGUGAGAUGAAAGGAAGAAGUUGAGUUGUUUCUUUGCCUGUUGUGAUGAAAAAUAUUCAGAAAAUUGUAAUAUCGGAACGAAGCAGUUAACCGUAACAGGAACUCGGUCAGACAGCAAUCUUACUUUUGGAUCAUUUUUAAGGCAGUGCAUACUUCAGAAGGAUUUGAAUUGCAACCUACAAUUAUUGCUUACCAUUCACGAGUUAUUUGGAAAUAUUUCCUUUUUUACGAUACAAAGGAGUAGAUAUUGACAUAUGAACUUUAAAAUAAUAUAUGCAAACAGGAUGUUGCAAAACAAAGUGCAGUAAAUCGUCUAUUUUUUUAAAAUAAUGUAAAUGAAGUAAGAAUCUGAGCGGUGAUGGGCGCUUAAAACCCCACGAAACGGAUACCAUACGAGCGUAGCCAAGUUGCUUGCAUGCGGUAGUAAAUAAUUUGACGAAAUACUGAAUGGAAGUGUUGAAAUGUAGGAGCAAAUUAGAAAGAAAAGUUAUAAAAGCGAAAUACUAAAUUGCAGUAUACUACUACAGAAUAGGAAAGAUACAAUUAUAUAUUUAUUGUUAAAAGAAGCCGGAGAAACGAAGUUUCUCAUCACAUGCAUAUUUUCUCAAAUAGCGUAUAUUUUAGAAUAAAAGGGAAUAUAUACUCACUGUUUGAACGCCUUUCACCCUUCCAAAUCGAGGAGAAUCUUAGUUUGACUUUUGCCAACGAAGACGAACGGCUGCUGCUCCAUUGCACAUUUCCUUUUCUUCAAUACUCAAAACUCCCUGAACAGUCCGUAAAUAAUCGUUUGCUUCCAAAAACCGGCAUGCAUUGAAACUCAAGAUUUGUUGGAACUCAAUUUAAUGAUUUAAUGUACAAUUGCUCCUAUUUGGCUUUUGAUGAAAUAGUAGUGGAUGGUCAUUAUAGGCCAAUUCCUAACUUGCUAAAUCUGUAAAUUAUAUAUUUCCCUAAAUAUGACAUUAGUUUCUAAAAUAUGUUUGAUGUUUCGGAGGAAAGGUAAACGAGAACUGUCUAUUCGACAAAUAAUACAAUUUAGUUUUUACUAUAACAGUUAUUGCAAUAAUUAUUGUCAUUGAUACAAUGAAGUUCUUCCCAGUAGAAUUAUGAAAAGCGCAGUCUUAUAUAUAGUGAAGAAGUACAUCUACGUAAACGAGAGAUCCCAGAGAAAACAAUUAAAUUAGGAAAAUCUGUAAAAAAGAAAUUAAGCAGCCGUAAUCCCUUUUGUAUUUAAAAUAUGAAAGAAACUAAUGAAAUAAAAAAUAAUAAAAUUGAAA